AUGUCACCCAGCGCUUCACGGGGUACUUUGGGUGGUAACCCUUGGGUAGUGGCUAGGGCAGUGGCAGCAGCAGCAGCAGGAGCAGGAGCAGCAGCAGCAGGAGUAGGAAGAGCAGGAGCAGGAGCAGGACCAGGAGCAGGAGCAGGAGCAGGAGCAGGAGCAGGAGCAGGAGCAGGAGCAGGAGCAGGAGCAGGAGCAGGGGCAGGAGCAGGAGGAGCAGCAGGAUUAGCAAAGCCGAUGCUACCUCCAGGCACAGCUUUAGCCACAGGAGGAGCAGCAGUACGUGCAGGGGAAGGAGUAGGAGAGAAAGGAGGAGUGGGAAGCGGUGCAAAAGGAGCAGGAAUGGGUUCUGGGAGGUGCAGGCAGCCUGGGCGUUUAAUGGCUGCUAGGCGGCUGUCUUUGGAUUUGAACAACGAAGGGGUGUUUGGGAGAAUCGGUUGGGAGGAGUGGACAGGGAAACACGUUGUGGUGGGUAGGCCAGGGGAAGGAGGGGAAGGAAAUUGGAGGGCGGGGCAGGAGGGGGCGGAUGGGAGGGAGGGGAGGGAAUGGAGAGAAGGCAGGGAAGGGAGGGAAGGGAGAGACGGGAGGGAAGGGAGGGAAGGGAGAGACGGGAGGGAAGGGAAAGAAGGGAGUGGGAGCAAGAACGAAAGCAAGGCUGGGAGUAGCAGUAGCAGCAGGCCCCUACGUCCCCCUGUGAGGCAUGCCUCGUUGAAUCUGAGAGAUGCUGUGGAUGAGUGGAGGGAGGGGCAGGAGGGGAAGAGUGGGAGGGAAGGGAGAGACGGUAAGGAAGGGAGUGGCAGCAAGGCAGACUGCAAGAGUGGGAGCAAGAGUGAAAGCAAGGCUGGUAGCAGCAGUGGUAGUAGCAGGCCCUUACGUCCCCCUGUGAGGCAUGCGUCAUUGAAUCUGAGACGUGCAGUGGAUGAGUGGAGGGAGGGGCAGGAGGGGACGGAUGGGAGGGACGGGAGAGAAGGUUGGGAAGGGAGGGAUGGAAAGGGCGGGAGAGACGGAAGGGAAGGGUGGCCUGAACCUGAACGGUUGAGUGGUGGAAGGGAAAGGAUGACAGGAAGUAAAACUCUUUCUACCAAGGCCUUACUCCCUCCUGUAAGCCUUGUCAGGCAUGCAUCGUUUGACAUGCGACGAGUGGUGGACGAGUGGAGGGAGGGGCAGGAGGGGCAGGAGGGGCAGGAGGGGCGGGAGGGGCAGGAGGGGAGGGAAGGGAGGGAAGGGAGAGAGGGGAGGCAGGAGAGGGAAAGGCAGCAUAAGAGGAUGACUGCACGUGAAACGGGCCCUGCCCAGUCCUUGCGUUCCCCUGUGAGGCACGCUUCUCUGGACAUGCGUGGAAUGAUGGACGAGUGGAGGGCGGGGCAGGAGGUGAGGGAGGGGAGGGAUGGAAGGGAGAGGGAGGGGAGGGUGGGGCAUGAGGGGAGGGAGGAGGACGGGCAGGACAGAAAAAAUGAGCUGGUUACAAAGAGGCUGGAAGGGCAAGGUAGCCGGUCUUUUCUUGAGUUUCUGAAGCCGCAGGGGUGGGACUUGGAGCCUUCUGAUUCUGAGCUUUCAGGGCCGGAAGCACCUGGAUUAACCCCUGGCGGUGGUGGUGGUGGUGGUGGUGCUGCUGCUGCUGCUGGGGCUGCCGCUGCCGCCCGGACUGGCGUUGACUCGUUUGACUUUCUUGGGAAGCCGGUUGUGAAGUCGAGAAUAGCGCAGCUCAAGGAGACGAAGAAGAAGAAGGAAGUUGGGUUUGAGACUCCUCACAAGGAGAAGAAGAAGGGUUUUGAGGUUGCGUCUGAGAGAUUUCUGAAGGAGAGCAAGGGGCGGUUAGGAAGGCAGAGGUCGUUGGAUUCGAGAGCAAAGGGACCGCUGGGAAAGGGAGGGUCGUGGGAGUUGGGAGGAUGGGACUGUGGGGAAGCACACGGGAAGGGGAAUCUGCGAUCUCCACAGAGUGUCGGACGUGAGAAGAUCCGGAUCUGUCUCGAGCAGGGUUUCGCAGGUGUACAGGCUUCUGGUUCUGGUGUUGAGCGUUUAGAGACGUCUGAGCACCAGUUUUGUCUUGAGCAGGGUGUGGGUGUGGAAGCAGAUGGUAUGUUGGAGAGAAAAGGGUCUUUCGAUGCGAGAGGGCCAUUUGAUGGGAGGAAAGGGAUGAAUGGGGAGGACGGGGUUUGCUUGGAGGAGGAUGAGGUGCUUUUUGGGAGGUCUGGGCUAUCAGGUGCUUGGGGAAGGGGGUUGGGGGAGGAAGGGCGUGAGUUGAGAAGUGAGCUCUGUUUUGAGAGUUUUGAGCAGUCAAGUAUGCCGAGGAGGGAGAGUGUGGGUGGGGAAGGGUUGGGUGGGAUGAGUCUCGUGGUUGGGAGGAGAGAGGAGAGGCUAGGGAGGAGCCUUCAGGUAAGGACUGCAGAUGCGAGCGCAGCUGCUAUGGCAGCACCCAGCCCCCUUGACUUCCUCGGGAAACCACCCGAGGGGCCGAGAGCAGGAAGGCUGGGUGCAAGGCAAGCGUCUUUUGAUCCCAGGAGCCUUCAGACUUGCGUUGACUCGUUUGACUUUCUUGGAAAGCCGGAGGUGAAAUCGAGAGUAGCACAGCUGAAGGAGAAGAAGAAGAAGGAAGUUGGGUUUGAGACUCCUCCUCAAAAGGAGGAGAAGGGGCGGACUGUUGUUCCCCUUCACAAGCAAAGGUCCCUCGACGCUCGAAGCUGGGGGGCUUUGAAUUUGGGCUCUGGUGCUGCUGCUGGUGCAGCCGCUGCUGCUGCUGUUGCUAAGUCUGGCGUUGACUCGUUUGACUUUCGUGGGAAGCCGGAGGUGAAAUCGAGAGUAGCACAACUGAAGGAGAAGAAGAAGAAGGAGGUUGGGUUUGAAAUUCCUCAGAAGGAGGAGAAGAAGGGGCGGGGCCAGAUGCAUGCCCGCGCUCCCCUUCACAAGCAACGGUCGCUCGACUCUCGAACCAAGGGAGGGGCGGCUCUGCUUGCUGCUCUUGCUGCUGAUGCUGAGAAGAAUCCCGUUGACUCGUUUGACCUUCUUAGUACCCCCCCACUGCUGCAGCCGCAAGCAUUACUUGGCCCCUCAUGGGGAACAGGGCAGCUGGGAAGGAGAGGGUCUGGGACGCUGCGUGCCACUAGGAAGACUGGCGUUGACUCGUUUGACUCUGCUGAAGAAGUUCCUCCAUUGCUGCAACCAGGAACAGCAUUGGGCGCAUGGGGAACAGGGCAGCCGGGAAGGAGAGGGUCUGGGACGCUGCGUGCUGCUGCUAGGAAGACUGGCGUUGACUCGUUUGACUUUCUUGACAAGCCUGUUGUGCAGCAGUCAAGGAUAGUCAAGGAGGAGAUAUUCGGGCUGGCGAUGCAGCGGCAUGCAUCCCUGGAUUCAAGGAGGGGGUUCCUAGAUUUUAGGGAGGAUUUGCUGGAUUCAGGGGAAGAAUCCCUGGAUUUCAGGGAAGGUUUGCUGGAUGUAAGGAAAUACUCUCCUCUUGAUUUCAGCAGGGAAUUUCGGGAUGCGAGAAACGUUUUGCUGGAUACGAGGGAAGAAUUCUUGGAUUUCAGGAGUGAAUUUCUGGAUAUUAGGAGGGAGGGGAAGGUUGGUAGGUUGAGGAGGAGGGGUUCGCUUGAAAGUGUGGGAGGUUUUAAGCAAGAUGGUUACUUCAACAUUGCUGGUGGGGAGAAGUGGGGGGAUAUCAGCUGGGGACGAACAGGAGGGGGGCGGAGCUUGGGGAAUCGACGGCAGCGCUCGCCGCUGGGGAGGAGGAGGUCUAUGGGGGGAGGAGGGCUGGACGCUGCUUCUUUUAAGGCGAACAAUGCUGGUAGGGAGUCUCAAGGCGAGGAUAAGGAGUGGGGAAGAGAGGGAGGAGGGCGGAGUCUGGGGAAUCGACGGCAGCGCUCGCCACUUGGGAGGAGGUCGUUGGGGGGAGGAGGGCUGGACUCUGCUUCUUUGGGGUUUGGGGUGAACAACGGGAACAAUGGGGUUGGAAUGGGUGGGAAGGAGUUGGGAAGAGUGGGAGAGAGGCGGCAUUCGAGCACUCGAGAGAGUUCGAUUCUAGCAAGGAGUAGGUCGAUGGGUGGAGCAGGGUUAGACGCUGCUUCUUUGGGGGUGAGCAGAGAGGGCAUUGAAGCUCGAAGCAGUGGGAAGGAAGAGCAGGGAGGAGUGGGAGGGGGGCGGCUGAUGCUGGAAAGGAGGGGAGGGAGUGGGGAGGAGUGGGAGGGAGGCGGCAUGAGGGCACUAGAGGGCGUUCGCCGCUGGGGAGGAGGAGGUCGGUAG